GUCAUUCUUCUCUCUUUUUCCGUAACGGAGUGCACUGUUUGUUCACAGAAGGAGCAGUGGAUUAUAAUCAUUUUUUCGAUCACUGAUUCAAUUUCUGCUGGUACAUAACAAAGAACUAUACCUAAUUGUACGUCGUAAAAGGCCUUAUUUGCCCACAGCAGCAGUAACUAGAGUGAAAUCAGUGCUUGAAACAUAUGAACUAGUGAAAACGGAACUGUUUUUCCGAGUUGUGCAACGUAAUUAAGGCUAGCAAAUUGAUAAAGAAAACAGCCAGGACUCGCAACUGAAACAGACGGAAAGGUUUUGUGUUUGCAACACACCCCAGAAGUAGUAGUAAAACCAGCAGCUAAGAUGUCCUACGCGUAUUUGUUCAAAUAUAUUAUCAUAGGUGACACAGGUGUCGGAAAAUCGUGCCUGUUACUUCAGUUCACCGAUAAGCGCUUCCAACCUGUGCACGAUUUGACGAUCGGCGUUGAAUUUGGUGCACGAAUGAUCACGAUCGACGGCAAACAGAUAAAGCUUCAAAUUUGGGAUACCGCAGGACAGGAGGCGUUCCGUUCGAUAACCCGGUCUUACUAUCGCGGCGCAGCCGGAGCUUUGCUUGUCUAUGACAUUACACGGCGCGAGACAUUUAAUCAUCUGACAACCUGGCUAGAAGAUGCACGACAGCACUCGAACUCUAACAUGGUGAUUAUGUUGAUUGGAAACAAAAGCGAUUUGGAUUCGCGUCGUGAAGUCAAAAAAGAGGAAGGUGAGGCAUUCGCUCGUGAGCAUGGUCUUGUGUUUAUGGAAACUUCAGCUCGCACAGCAGCAAACGUAGAGGAGGCGUUCAUCAACACCGCUAAGGAAAUCUACGAAAAAAUUCAAGAGGGUGUUUUCGACAUCAAUAAUGAGGCUAAUGGCAUCAAGAUUGGUCAGCAGCACUCACCAACCAACCCAUCUUUAGGUAGCGGAAAUAAUCCUGGUGGCCAGUCUAGCAGUGGAUGCUGUUAAAAUGAUUUGAUCAGCAGCUAAAUCCGGAACUAGCAUCCCUUCACAUAUAUUGCUGCAUCGUUCUGCUCCGUUUUUGAUUCGGGUUUCGCGUAUGAGCAAGUCAACUUAUGUACUAAAAUGGAUUAAAAGCAACGUGUGACUACAACGUGGAAACCGAACUCUGGUUUACGAAGCAGAUAUCUACAUAACUACUAGCGAGCAAGAACUUAUAUAUAUAGCGGGACGUGAAUGUUGUAAAAUAAUACAUAUUUUUUAUUAAUUUUAAUAAUGUACACGCCAAUCUGAUAGACGUAAAAGACCAGGCAAAUUUGAAUAAAAAAAAUCGCUAAUUGAUCGUAUGCAAAUAUAUAAGUUUACAUUAAAUGGGAAAUACAACUAAAAGUGAUGAUGAUGAAAUUACUAAUCCAUUGUAUGCAAGUGUGUUUAAAAAAAAUGUGAACAAAUAAUGGUGUUUACUGGGUUAGCAUCAAAGCAAAAAAUGCUGGUUGAAAUCUUCCCAUUUCUUAGCGAAAAAACUAUAAUACCUAUCACUACGAUCUUACUAAGCAUCUACAGAAUUUAACCAAACUUUAAUUCAUAAUGAAGCAAGCUUUUACCAAAUAGGUUUUAUUUCCGUGAACAAUAAAAUUCAUAGAACAUCGACGAGGUUAUUAUACUGAUUCUAUGCUUGGUUCCAUUAAACCUUAAACAAGAUUGCAGUAUUCCAUAGGUUUUUCGAUGAUCGAUGAGCGAAAUCUUCCUUAAAAAUCCCCGUGGAGUAACGGCCUCGUCUCCCAUAUCUGUUCUUUGGUAUGUUCUGAUGUACGAUAGCAACUUGCAGUGUUUUAUUAGGUGUACGGACGAUGAAGCAUAACUCCUUUACAAACAAGUUUUUAUUUUAUUUUCGAGCAUUUCUGAGCCAACAUAAGUAAUGGAAUAAUUAGGAAAAACAAUUGCAAUGGAAAAAAUAAGUGAAAGACAAGAUAGUAAAGCGCUACCGUCAUUUGGAUCGCGUUCGUAUAACAAUUAAUUUUCAGUUGUGAUCAAUUUACAUUUAAAACAAAUUCCUAACAAAUAAAUAUUUCAAUUAGUUCUA